UCGUCCCUACCGGUCCCUACCGGUUGUCCUCUAAUCUAAUCUGAUCCUGUUCGUUUCGUAAAUUUUUAGACUGACUGUUGGCUAUGAUGCGAGCAUCAUGACGGAUAAUAACAUCAAGCGGUCGGCGGCAGCAGCAGCACGUCGGGACUGGAGCAUCAGUUCAGAAGCAUGCAAUAAUGGCCAACCAUGAUCAGCUGUAGUGCUGGACAGGAGGAUGACCGAGAGAGGAAACCAUGGAGAAAUACUUUCCCAAAUAUGUCCCAUUCUUCAGUCUGCUGGCUUUGUCAGUACUCUUGUUCCUGCUGUGGAAUAUCACCUCAUUGGAAAGCUGGAACUGUCAGACAGUAUCUACCUUUUAUCAGCUUCAGAACAGCAUCCAGUCAGUAUUGAAGACCUCUGAAUUUCUUCUACCAGUGGAGUUUAACUACUCCUUCUGUGCCCACCUCGGCCAGGAGCCCACAGCAGAGGAAGCCAGGGAGGAGAGCUAUCUUCUCAAAUCCAUCGCCUGGCCAGAGCCGUUGGUCCUGGGACUGCCGUUACGUCUAAGUAGCGAUCCUGCACAGAGCUAUUAUACGAUCCAUGACCCUGGAGAUCUGCAGGUGGGUGGGCAACUAAUAGUGAAGGUGCAGAUGCACAACUUUUUGGGUCAGCCCAAAAAACAUGGAGGAGACUUUCUAGUUGCGCGACUCCACACGCCAGAACUUGCAGCAGGCGUGGCUGGCCAGGUACAUGACCACAACAAUGGAAACUACACAGUAUUUUUCCCGCUGCUUUGGGCAGGUGUUGCCCAGGUGGAACUGACCAUGAUUCACUCCAGCGAAGCCGUGAUGGUCCUCAGACGACUGAGAGUGGAACAAUCAGACCGAGUGUUCUUCAAGAGCCUCUUCCGUUCAGGGUACCUCUCGGAGACCACUCUGUGUAAUUUGUGUUUGCCGCACAAACAGCAGCCGCUUUGCAACUUCACAGAUCCCCAGACUGGAGAACCCUGGUUCUGUUAUAAGCCCAAGAUGUUGGACUGUGAUACACGGAUUAACCACUCAAAAGGGGGGUAUAAGAAACACCUUCUCACUGUUUAUGAGUCACAGUUCUUCCAAAGUGGAGUAAAUAUCAAAAUUCCAAUACAUUCUGCAGGGGUGGACAAUGUGACUGUUCAACCUGCUAAAGUACGAACCAAAGGAAUGCACCUUGAAUUCACUCCUUCCGGGUACUACUACCAGGGAUCAUGGAGACCUUUGAAUGGUGUCAUCAUGCAUCAGUUUAAUGCCUCUUCAGUCAUAACACAGUGUCUUCGAGGGAAAAUGGUGUACAUGUAUGGAGACUCCACUGUGCGACAGUGGUACGAGUAUCUCAUUGCCCAUGUUCCAGAGUUUAAGGAAUUCAACUUUCAUAGCCCGAAGAAUGUUGGUCCGUACAUGGCAGUGGACAGCAAUCACAACAUAUUAUUAAGAUACCGCUGCCAUGGGCCACCGAUCCGCUUCACAUCCGUGUCCUCGGCUGAGAUGCACUACAUCUCAAAUGAGUUGGAUGGCUUACGAGGGGGCUCAGACACGGUGGUCCUGAUCAGCAUCUGGUCACAUUUCAGCACUUUCCCGGUGCAAGUGUACAUACGGCGCCUACGCCACAUCCGCAAGGCGGUGAUCCGACUGCUGAACCGAGAACCAGCGACUUUGGUGCUGAUCCGCACAGCCAACCUCCAGAAACUGGACCCCGAGUCCAGCUUGUUCAACAGCGACUGGUUCUCCCAACAGCUUGACAAAGUGCUCCGAGCCAUGUUUAAAGGUCUGAACGUCCAGCUGGUGGAUGCCUGGGAGAUGACACUCGCCCACCAUCACCCUCAUCAGCUACACCCUCCACCUGACAUUAUAUCAAACAUGAUUAACUUCAUCCUAUCACAUAUCUGUCCAGUGAGGAGAAAGAGAAGGCGGGGCUAAACUUCUCAAGCAGUAUGUUAAGGAACUGGUGAGACCUAGUCUUUGAGAUCAGCUCUUUGGCUAUCCAUUCAGCUAUUAUUUGCUUGUCUGUCUGGCUUUCAAAUAUUAAUAAUGAUUUUGCUGGCCUUAUUAUAAAUGCAAAAGCACCAUUCACCAACAGUGAAUGUAGCUCUUUUUAUUUUAUUGGCAAUAUCCUGACCCAACCCCAAGUGUUUAACAGGUGAAAACUAUUUGAACAUAUUUGCUUGUACUCCAAUCGGGGAUUUGAGUAGGGUUAGUUCAUCCAAAAAUUAAAAUCCUGACAUCAAUUACUCACCCUCAGUAAAUGAUGACAGGAUUUUCAUGUUUUGAUACACUAUUAAAAAACUAAUAAAUGAAGGCAACAACAUCAAGGCUGCAGUUGUAUUAAAGAAAGAUUAAAUUAUUUAUGUAUAAAACAGACGCCUGGGAGAAUAUUUGUAAAAUUAAAAUAGAGAAUUACAGAAGAAUAAUUACU